AUGAAGCUGCUGCUGCUGUGUCUGGGGCUGACCCUGGUCUAUGCCCACCAUGAAGAGAACCAUGACGUCGUGACAAGCAACUUCGACAUGUCAAAGCUUUCUGGGGAGUGGUAUACCAUUCUCUUGGCCUCAGACGUGAAGGAAAAGGUAGAAGAACAAGGUAGCUUUAGAAUGUUUCUGGAAUCCAUCCAGGCCUUGGAUAACUCUUCUCUGUUACUGAAAUAUCAUAAAAUGAUCAAUGGAGAGUGUGUUGAACUGACUUUCGGUUGUGAUGAAACAGAAGAAGAAGGUGUAUGUAGUGCUAGCUAUGAUGGAUACAACGAGUUUCACAUAGUUGAAGCAGAUUACAAUGACUAUUUUAUUCUUUAUUACUUGAAUUACCAUAAUGAGGAAAUAAUCCAAGGGAUAGAGCUCCACGCCCGCAACCCAGAUGUGAGUCCUCAAAUCAAGAAAAGGUUUGAGGAACUUUGUGAAAACCAUGGAAUUCCAAAGGAAAAUGUGCUGGAUGUGACUAAUGCAGACCACUGUUCCCAGGACUGA